ACUACUUCCGGUUUUGCCGCGCAAUUUCCGGUUUCGGUGUUCUCAUGGUAAACAAGACGCAUGCUAUGGCUGGCUUGACUGUCAUAUGUCCAAUCUGUCUCCAUCCACCUUGAAGUAUUAACAAGGCAAUGCCUUUUCACCAUCCGAAGAGGGAAAUUAAAGCCUCAAUAACACGUCCCCUGUGGUCCCGGUCCUUCUUUGGUGGUUUAACUCGGUGUCAUAUCGAUGGCGCUAUAGUGAAAAGGCAGCAUUCGAUGCUUCAUCGGGGACAAAAUGGCAGCCAGCACCAAGUCAGAGAGAGCUUCAACUGUCAUCACAUCUUCAUCAGUGAGCAGCGUCGCCCGUGCUCAAGCCAAAGCAGAGGCAGCGAAGGUGAGGGCUUCAUAUGCAAGUAAGGAAGCACAGCUAAAAGUGGAAAAAACGAAAAUUGAUGUAGAGCUUGAAGUGCUAAUGCUACACAGAGAAGCAGACAUUGCAGUAGCUGAAGCAGCAGUGCUAGAAGAAGAGGCAGAGUGUGAGAGCAGAAAAUCAGUAUCAGACGGAGUAAAAAGAGAAAGAACGCAGGAAUAUGUGCGGUCUCAGAUUAAGCGUUCUGAACCUCAAGCCCCCCCACCGGUUCCCCCCGCUAAUGACAACAAUGGUCACUCAGGUGAAACAUUAGUGACAUGGGAUGGAUCACAAGGUUCAGAUCCAAAGCCACAGCCCAAAAGCAGUAAGCCAAAGCCUGAUGACAAUCCAGACAACGCAGCAGUAACUACAACUUGCACAACAGUGUGCGGUCCAGGUCAGUGGGGUCGUUCAUGUUCUAAAAUAUGUCUCACACAGGUGUAUCCUAAAGGUGACAAAAACAGUGCAGUAAAAGCUUACGUUAUUCUUGACGACCAGAGCAAUCGUUCCUUAGCUAGGCCGGAGUUCUUCGAACUUUUUAACAUUAAAACCGAACCUGUCUCUUACCACCUGAGAACUUGCUCUGGGCUAGUUGAAACAUGGGGCAAAACGGCUGAAGGCUUUCAGAUAGAGUCUUUAGAUGGGUCAGUAGUAAUCCCACUGCCACCUCUCAUUGAAUGUCAGGACAUUCCUAAUAACAGAAGUGAAAUCCCAACUCCAAACGCUGCACUGCACCAGCCACAUCUCAAGUCCAUUGCAAAGUACAUUCCAGAGUUGGACCCUAAAGCAGAGAUACUCCUGCUGCUAGGACGAGAUGUUUUGCGUGCACACAAAGUCAGGGAACAAGUCAAUGGCCCUCAUCAUGCACCCUUUGCCCAACGCCUAGAUUUAGGGUGGGUAGUAAUCGGGGAGGUGUGUGUAGGUAAUGUCCACAAGGAAACAGUCAGCUCAUACAAAACAGUGAUACUUGAAAAUGGCCGUCCAACAGUCUUUGGGAAAUGUGAUAGCUUCCUGCAAUUAAAAGAAAUGUCACACACUGCUAGGCCCAGCAAGGCACCUGAACUAACGCUGGGACAAACAGCUUUCAAUCGCACUGAAAAUGACAACAAGCUAGCUCCCUCCAUAGAGGACACUCUCUUUUUAGAGGUAAUGGACAAAGCCAUGUACAGAGAUGAUGACAGUAGCUGGGUCGCCCCUUUACCCUUUAAAGAGCCUCGCCAACCAAUGCCAAACAACAGAGAGUUAGCACUCAGUCGAUUUUCCUCUCUCAAAAGGAGCAUGCAGAGGAAACCCCACAUGCAGCAACAAUAUGUGGAGUUCAUGGAAGCCAUCUUCUCAAAUGGUCACGUGGAAGUAGCGCCUGAUUUAAAGCAAGGAGAAGAGUGCUGGUUUCUUCCGACAUUCGGGGUUUACCACCCUCAAAAGCCCAACAAGAUCAGGGUAGUUUUCGAUUCCAGCGCCCAACACUCUGGCGUCUCACUCAACAACGUACUCCUCACAGGCCCAGAUCUUAAUAACAGCCUCAUUGGGGUACUCCUUUGCUUCCGCAAAGAACCUGUUGCUAUCAUGGCCGACAUACAGCAAAUGUUUCACUGUUUCAUGGUGCGCGAAGACCAUCGUAACUACCUCCGUUUUCUGUGGCACAAGGACAAUGAUGUUAACAAGGAAGUCAUAGACUAUCGCAUGAAAGUCCACGUGUUUGGCAACUCACCGUCUCCUGCCAUUGCUGUUUAUGGACUGCGCAAGGCCAUUCAAGCAGGAGCAAAAGAGCAUGGGACUGACACAGUCAAGUUCGUGGAGAGGCACUUUUAUGUAGAUGAUGGCCUCAUCUCUUUGCCCUCUCCAGCUGAAGCAAUCGACUUGCUCCAAAGGACUCAAGCCUCACUUGCUGAGUCCAACCUCCGCCUGCACAAGUUUGCUUCCAACUCUCAGGUGGUCAUGCAGGCCUUCUGCCCUGAAGAUUGUGCAGCAGUAGUAAAGGACUUAGAUCUUGGUGGUGAAGAAACCCAGUCACAGAGAAGUCUGGGUCUCAUUUGGGAAACUAUGACAGACACUUUCACUUUUUCAGUGGCCACCACAGACAAGCCAUUCACACGGCGCGGUGUCCUGUCAUCUGUUAAUAGUGUCUUUGAUCCAAUGGGCCUAUUAGCACCAGUCACAAUCCAAGGAAGGGCUUUGCUCAGAGAACUCACUUCUGAAAAUUCAGAUUGGGACACUCCACUUCCGGAAGACAAGCAAAGCAAAUGGGACACUUGGAGAGGUUCCCUCAAAGACUUGAAAGAGCUUCAUGUCCCAAGAACGUACACAACAACCUCUCUGAGUCAAGCAAAAUACAAAGAACUGUAUCUGUUUUCGGACGCUUCAACCAAAGCCAUAGGCGCUGUAGCCUACUUAAGAGCAGUCUUUCCAGACAACAAAGUCGAGACCGGAUUUGUCAUGGGCAAAGCAAGACUAGCCCCUCAGUCAGAACCCACUAUACCAAGACUUGAACUGUGCGCCGCCGUCUUGGCAGCAGAGAUGGCUGAUCUAAUUCAGGAUGAGUUAGACAUUCAGUUUGAUGCAGUUCACUUUUACACGGACAGUAAGGUAGUCUUGGGCUACAUCUGCAAUGAGUCAAAGAGAUUCUACACAUAUGUUCACAACAGAGUGCAGCGCAUUCGUCAGUCUUCAAAACCGGAACAGUGGCACUAUGUGCGCACCGAGGAAAACCCAGCGGAUCAUGCAUCUCGCUCGCUCACAGCAACUCAACUAACAAAGACAACUUGGUUCACUGGACCUUCCUUCAUUCGUCGUCCACCUGCAGAAACAAAGCAAGAAAGCAAAACGUUUGAGUUAGUUGAACCAGACAAAGACUGUGAAAUCAGACCACAAGUUAAAACUUGCGCCACUCACCUCCAAGUACUCACCUGCAAACGCUUUGAACGCUUCUCCACCUUCAAGUCCUUAGUCAGAGCAGUAGCAUUCCUCAUUCACAUCGCAAAGUCUUUCAACGGCACAAAUCCAAACAGUGAAUGCAAAGGGUGGCACAAAUGCAACUUACCUUGA